AUGGAGGUUCAAGUGCUAUUGUCUUUUAUGCUCCUCACCCUUUUGUUCUCAAAAGGAAAUGGUGCUGGAAAGCCUUAUCCACAUGCAGGAAAUGCUACUGGAAAACCUGACCAAUAUGCUGGUAAUGUUGAAAUCAUGUUGCUAAAUGGUGGUCAUCAAACCAUUUGGCCAGGUGUUUAUACCAAAACAGGGCACCAAAUACUUCCCACAGGGUUCAAAUUGGAGCCUAGAGAUAUAUAUUAUAUCAAAGCCCCUGAUUCAUGGUCAGGCACAAUAUGGGCAAGAACUGGAUGCAGUGGAGACCCAAACGCUGCCUUUCGUUGUGAUGUUGGAGAUUGUGGCACUGGAAGUAUACAUUGCCAUCAAAACCUACCAAAACCCCCUGCAACUCUAUUGAAGUUCGACUUGGCUCCAAAAGGUGGCACAAGUUCUUACAAAAUAGACCUAAGAUAUGGCUUCAAUUUGCCAGUCUCAUUAUCCACAUCCACUGGCGAGUGCAAGCAAAUAAAUUGUGUCAGGGAUAUGAGGAAUGAUUGCCCUGAUUGGUUAGCUGUGUACAGUCAUGAAGAGAGAAAGGUUGGUUGCAAGAGUGCAUGUUAUACCACUGGUCAAAAAAAGGAUUGUUGCACUGGAGCCUUUGCUUCUCCUCAAAAGUGUGAGCUGAAUGAAUACACACAACUUGUUGAGAACAAUUGCCCCGAUUCUGUUUCUAAUGCCUUUGAUGAUACUCACUUCACAUGUUAUGGUGGGUCUAGUUUUAGGAUAACAUUUUGGGCAUGGUGAAAGAUUGCAAUCAAUCACUAGUG